GACAUUAGGAAGCAAAAAAUAUUUGAAUGAAUCUACAAGAACCCAAAGAAGAGAAUGAACCCCUUUUACCAAAAACCUGUUAUUUCAGCGACGGCAAAACCAAGGUCGACUAUGUCAUAGUGUACGCAAAACAGGAACACAUUCGUACAGAUAACUCUCUAAAUCAAAUCAACCAAUUUAUAAAAUUCAUCAAAGAUAAGGGAUUAUUAGUCGAGAGAGACCUUGGAAAGUUUUAUAACAAUUUGUACUUUAUAAAAAUCCACGGACCACAUAAUGUUCUGGUACGAUAUGCCAAAAUUUAUAACAUCUGCCUCACUUGCCAAAAUCCCUACUACAAAUACAAGGAAACAACAUGGUUUGAUUUUUUAACAACCGAAGUGACAAAACCAAACCCAGAAAGCGAGGUUUAUCAGCGCGCCGAAAAAACCCUUUCAGGUAAUAGACCCACGGAAAUAACGACAGCAGAACGCAGUCUCAUAGUUUUCGAAAUUUUGAAACGCAUUUCAUUCCUGAUUAACGACGACGAAUUCACUCUCAAAAUAAUGCUACAGAAGGAGAUUUUCUUGCAAGCGUUUCCGAUCCAUGAUGGUGAUUGUGAUUGGACGACUGAAGGACUUUUGACAGACCGACAGCUCCUAUUCCAGUUUUGGACAAACGUUAAGCACUUAUUCAAGGACCAACCGGUGCACUUGAUUGAGAAGUACUACGGCCCUAAAAUCGCCUUCUAUUUCGCCCUUGUCAAUUUUUAUACACGGAUGUUGCUCGUGCCGACUGUUAUAGGGGUUAUGACAGUGCUUACAGGUGUUGUAUUACUAUUCAAGGAACAUUUUAUUGAGGACGAGGUUUGCAACAGCAAAGUAACAAUUUGUUCGGAUCAAAAGCUCCUAACUGCUUGUACUUUAAUGAAGUUGGCCUAUGUUAUAGACAAUCCUGUGACUAUAGUCUAUGUUAUUUUGUGUUCCUUUUGGGGUGCAAUUUUCUGGAACAUGUGGCAGAGGAGACAAGCAAUGCUUCGCUUGAGAUGGAAUUUGACUGGACUUAAGACCGACCGCACUAUGAGACGUGAAUUUCAGGAAAAUGCGAAUACGCGAAAAUCGUCAAUUACUGGCGAAAUCGAGUAUUAUAUACCUCCACAUAAGAAAGUACUAUCUGCUGUGUUUUCCUACUCAAUUAUUUUCAUUAUGAUAAUUAUUAUUUUUCUUAUAGUGUUUUUGAUGGUCCAAUACAGAUUUUUUGUGAAUAAAUCGUUAAAUUAUGAUGAGACGAAGAAUGCUAAUGAGAUUGAAUUGUUCACUUCCUCGAUUAUAACAGCGGUCAUAAUCAUGCUUAUAAAUCAGUGUACCUCCUUCCUGAUGACAACCUACUCCAAAAUAAUCCGCUUUAUGACCCAUCUUCGACAACCCCGGACUCAAACCCAGUACAACCAAAUGUACUUACACAUGACUUUCAUUUUAAUAUUCGCAAACCAUUUUUCUCCACUUUUCUAUCUGGCAUACAUUAAAGGAUUCCUCCACACUUAUCCUGGAAAUUUGUCGAAAUUUUCAAUUAUAAGUACACUUCAGACCGAUCUUUGCAAACCAUCUGGGUGUCUUAUAGACUUAGGAAUACAACUGAUAACACUAAUGGUUAUCAAAACAUCAAAGAAGUUCUUUGAAGAUUUCAUGACACAUCACUUUUCACCGUGGCAAAAGAAAGCGAUACGUGACCCCACUGUGGGACAGUGGGAGAGGGAUUUUGACAAACAAGAAUUAAGUGACGCGGUUAUUAAUGAGUUGUAUACUGAAUUGGGUAACGGAAAUCGUUACUUACUUCUCUUGUUUAUUUUUUUUCUAGUGCUGCAGUACAGUUUUAUAACUUUCUUUAACGCAUCUUUGCCCAUUAUCGGACUUAUAGCUUUGAUUCACAAUUUGCUCAAAAGUCAACACGAUUCAUACAUUUUUUUGAAAUUUUAUCGAAGACCAAGUCAUGAAAGAGUUGCAGAUAUACAAGGAUGGAAUCACAUACUUAAAGCAGUGACAAUUUUUGGGACAAUAUCAAAUGCUUUCAUCGUGGCUUUUAGGACAGAUUUUGUUCUCCGGGUUUUGUAUCAAAAAACACACGAUGGUAGUUUAAAAGGUUAUGUAAAUAGUACAUUGUCUAAAUUUGCAGUUAAGGAUUAUCAACGAGAACAUUUAUUAAUAGAUCAUAAAAAUGAGUCGUUUUGCUUUUAUCGUGGUUUCAGAUACCCUCCGGAGCAUGAAAAAAAAUAUGAGCCAACUUUGGAUCAUUGGUAUUAUUUCGCAGUAAAGUCGCUCUAUUUCAUUAUUAUAGAAAAUGUUACAUUGAUUCUAUCACUAGUUUUGGGUUAUCUUAUACCGGAAAUGCCACGGAAAGUGAAAGUAAAAUUGGAAUAUGACGAACAAAUUAUAAAGUCGGCAAGGGAGGCACGCUUGGAAUUGGAGAAGUGGUAAUCGCCCGUGAAUUUUUUAUUAGUUUUUAAAUGAAAUAAAGACGUAAUUGAA